GUGAAACCGCAAAUUCUUUUUUUACGCGCUCUGACAUAAUGUUCAUGUUGUUUGUCGAACAAUGAACGAACGGUGCAUUGUGAAGAAUCCGUGUAUCAGACAUCAGACAGACCAAACCAACCAAGCGACAUUUUGAUUAUUAUUCCAUUGUAUUGCCAUGUCAGUCAAUAUUGUUUGUGUAAUAUAAAUAAUCACGGGUAACGUCGUAGUGAUGCGUUGUUAAUAAUGUUUGAGGAAUAAGACGUUCAUAACUGAUUCGUAUACGUAGGCAAUAAUUCGCGUUUGAGUUUUCAGUUAUGUAUCACUGUUGGGACGCGUAGCUAGUCUGAAAGUGGUACAGGUAGUGUUAGAAGGGCAUCUUUUGUUUUUUUAUUGUGAUUGCUGGGAUUUGUCGGCGGGAUGGCUGUUCCCGAACAGUUCUCGCUUCGAUGGAAUGAUUUCCAUUCGAAUUUGUCACAAUCGUUUCAUGCCUUGCUGGAAGGCGAAGACUUGGUAGACGUGACCCUGGCCGCUGGUGGCCAGUACGUGCACGCUCACAAACUAAUCCUCUCAGUAUGCAGUCCCUACUUCAAGGAACUUUUUAAGAUGAACCCAUGUGAACAUCCAAUAGUAAUAUUGAAAGACGUGGCACAUCAAGAACUGCGCCAGCUGCUUCAGUUUAUGUACCGUGGUGAGGUACACGUGCGUCGCCAAGAGUUGUCUGGCUUCCUUCAUACUGCUGAGCUUCUACAAGUCAAGGGGCUGACCGGGGGCCGGGAGCGAAGCGAGUCUCCGACUGGUAUGGCAGAGGAGCCCCCGAAGCCUACGCCACCACAACAGGAGAUAGCCGACCAGCCCGCCGAUUGGACCCCUGCGGUGGAAGACACCACUUCCUCGGAGCCUCCGCCAGAACCCACCGACACAGUCACCAUCAAGGAGGAGGCUGCCAGGAGCCCGCUGAAGAGAUUACUGAAGAACACCCCGACCAAGAACAGCCACAGCACGAAGAAGAAGCCGCGCACCAUCAAGGACUCGCCCACUCACCCCGAGAACACCGACUACCCAUACGACGGCGAACCGCUGAUUGACUUCGACAACGACCUGUUUCACAGCGUGCUUGUGCUGCCCGAGUCUGCCAAGGAGUCUGCAGGUUGGAACUGCAAGACGGGGGGCGUAAAGUGUCCGUCGUGCCACCGGUACUUCGCGAACCGGUACAACCUGAAGGUGCACAUUCGAGACAAGCACGACACUCGCGAGGGCACGCUGCAGUGCGACAUCUGCCAGAAGCGGAUGCGCAACCCAUCGUGCCUGCGCGUGCACAUGUACCACCACCGCAAGCAGGCAGCCUACCUCGCGCAGCUCAGCACGCAGGGAGAACCCAUGAAGAUGCAGAACAUGGUCGGUGGAGGCAAGUGGCGCUCCGACUCAUCCAUGAGCAGCGGAGACUUCAAGGAUGUCGAUAAUUUCUCACCUGGAUCUACGCCGGAAUCGAACAAGGCGUUCCUCGCGCAACUUGGGCAAAACGAGGUGAUGAGGCAAGCUUUCUCUGCGUCGACACCGGAGGCGAAGUGUGCCCCCGAGACGAACAACGCGUCCAGUACUCCCGAGUCGGGCAAGCUUUCCGAGUCCGUGGUCCCCAAGACGGAAGCCGAUUCUGAGACCGUAUGAUGUCAAAUAAACAGGCGUCCUCUCAUCUACGACUACGUGGCUCCCGACCGGCUGUACUCUAUCUUCACCGAACAAUCGUACUGGACCAAAAACCUCAUCUUCAAAGUGGGGCGCAAGAAGAGGAGGCGCAACACCGCCCCCGCCAACAGGACCCCAAGUAGGCCCCUCCGGCGCUCCGAGCGUCUCCGGCGCAGACAACUCUCUGAGAUUUAAUUUGUGAUUCAUGAUUGGAUACUCUGCUUUUUACUUAUUUUUUAGUAUUACACACGUACCUCAAGAUUUAAUGUAGAGUUCCCCUUGAUGUUCUUUUGAAAACAUUAUUAUUUGCAAAUGUUUGACAAACUUUUGGAUGAUGUUUGGUAACAAGUAACAAAACUUAGCUUCUCUUUAUAUCAAAUGGACAUCAAGGAACCUUCGAAAUUCUCAGACUCUUGUCUUAAUUAAUUAUACACGUUUUUUAUAUGAUGAAACAUUCCAAUACACAAAUUCCAAAGACUGAAACAAUAUACAUUGCAUUAUUUUAUGUAGUAUUUGAAAAGCGCAGGAUGAUUUAAUAUUAUUUUAGUAGUGCGCACGCGCGGACAGUUGCAAUUUGUCUGUAAUCUCAUUUAUUCGGCAAUAUGUUAGAUUUAAGACUGGAAUUGAUGCCAUUCUUCUUAUAUUCUCUAUAAUCUAUUAUACUCUUAACUUUAUAAGUAUUACGUAAGGACUUUAGACGAUUUUUACUCUGUACUUCUACAAUUUUGGAAAUUGGAUCUACACGUAGCUUAGGUUAGUGUGUAUUUAUCGCGGUAACUGAACCACGUCCUGCGCUUUUAUAAAAACGAGAUUAUUAACGUGGCUUGUAUUCUAUAGUCCAGUCUUUUAUUGCGAGGAUAUGGCAAGCUGUGUUAUAUUCUGUGGUAAAAGAAUGGAUCAAAGAUGAUUUUCAUAAUAAAAAAUAGACCAAGUACAAGUUAUUUUAGGCAGCUAGACCGACACAGAUUUGAAUUUAUUUAUAGAACAAAGUAUCGUUGCCAUUCCGCGUCGAAGUGUACAAAAGGAAACAUUUUCGUUAUUGACAACAUGAUCACCGCCUCGGAUGAUGUGGUGACCGUAUAAAGCAUAACCUUACAGUACAAAAUACGUUAUCGUAUAUUAAUCAUCUAUGUAUGCUUUACUUAGAUUUUAAGUUAUUUUAAGUUUUUAAUUAAGUCCCCGUAACGUGAACAAUUUAUACGUACAACAUAGGUUUAACGAUGUAUACAUUUUUUUAUAUUAUACAAGGGUUGUUUAGGUGUAUUAAGAAUAUAAAAUUAUACCUCAAUAUUUGACGCGACUGUUUAUGUAAGAUAUGUUAUCCACUUCGGUUCGCCGUGGGAAACAGAACGUUUGCUCUCGUUCACCAAAACUUAUCUCAUACUUGUUUAUUAUUAGUUUAUAUUUUGCACAUUCCUGAUAAAGAUGUACACAGUAACGAAAGACGUAGAAUCAGCCCCGGUUGACGAAUGUAUGCUUCAGGAACGGGAGCGUGUAACGGCUGGUCCGAGUGUUAGCUCGGUGACAGAUUACAUUCCAAUAUAAUAUGAUAAGGUAUUAAAUUUUCGUCAAAUUGUGACCGGAAGAUAUCGCACGGGUCCGACAAUGUGUCUGCAAUAAUGUGGUUACUCGUGUUAACGUUUGUCUGGUCAGGCUUUAAAGCGCGAAUAGCUUUAACGUUUUAAGAAUCGUCCCAUCGUAAUGAAGUCGAAAUGUAUUGUAGUCAUUAGCUCUCUUAUUGUAACGAGGUGCGCCUUGGAUCGCGCCACCCGGCGGAAUGUGUCGGCCGCAUUUUUGUAUAUUUUUGUACGACUACGCCUCGGUCCGCAUCACUUCGAAAGACAAUGUUAAAAACAAGUACGUCCAAUAAUCGGUGUAUUUUAUAAAGGUUUGGGUUUCUAACCAUUUAAUAUAAGGGGUAAUGUGACUAACACUUAUGAUAUUGAAAAAAAAUCUCUUUACAUUCCAAUAGGUUUAAGCGUGCAUAAUCUUAAAAAAAAUAGAACUUUUCUAACGUUAUAAUAUUAUUAUAUUUAUGAAAUAAGUACGUAGCGUUUUAAGUUUAUAAAAGAGAUUAUUAAGAGGUACGAGUUAAGAACAUUCCAUAGUAAUGAUAGCUCUUGUAGAUUUUUAGCAUUUAUAUUGAUUUAUCAAGUGUUUUUUACCAAAUUAUUUUUAUACCAAUGCUAUUUACAUUAUAGUAUAUGUCGAGUGUAUAGGGGUGACCGCAAGGCCUCUGUCGGUUACGACAUGCUCACAAUAUUUUGAUUUAUUUGAAGCGAAUUGUUUUAAGGGCAGUAGCGACGUAAGUUUUACAAGAAGUAGCUUCUGUUAUUCCGAACAAUACACAUUGUAUGUGGCGGCUAUAGACAAUAUUGAUUGAGCCGACACACUAACGACUAAGGCAGUUCAGCCGGCAGCUAGAGUGGCCGGCCCUGGUACACAACAUACCUUUGAACGCAAUAUUCGCUACUGUCCUUAAAACACAGCCUGUAGAGCCCGCUCAUAUUUUUUUAGUACUCGAUGAAAGCGCUCAGAAUAUAUUUUUACUCUUUAUUCUAUGUAAUACUCAGUUUAAUUUGUUGCCAAAUAUAAUACUGUCAUCAGUAUGAUAUCAAGUCAGAUGCGAGGUAGCCUCGACUGUUGUCUUUGUAUUACUCAUGCAGCGUUGCAGUACUGUACGCAAUGCUCCGGUAGUCGUGUAACGGCUACAACCUGUCGGAGCCCCGUGCUCCGGCGGGCAGAAGGCAGCCUCGGAUGUAAUGGAAUCAUAUAUAACAUUCCACAGUAAUAGAUUAAGAAGCGAUUAUCGCACAUACAUAUAUCGACUAAUUAAUACUUAUAUUGACGUGUCAGUAGUGUUUCUGUAAUCUUUAACGUAUCUACUCUGUAUUCUAAGGUUUUCUACUGUGUGCUCAAAUAAUCAUGAUGAAGUACAGAUGUAUGUGUAUCCAUGACAGAAUUAGCUUUAAGAUUACUUUAGUCAAUUUUGAAUUUCAAAUUUAAUUGAUAUUGUAUUGGCAAGGAAACGGUUUUAUUGACGUGGGUCGAUCGCCCUUGUAGCACGAGUAGCUACCGAUACAUAAUAAUUAUAUUUAUUUAAUGUUCUGCAUGUGCACAUAAACAAUAUGUAAACGUGUCAAAGAAGUGGUCCAAAAUGGUAAUGUGAGCAUCGAGUAUUUUUGUAUGUACAAACCAUUUUUAUUAUCGGCUCGGGACAACUUAGGAGUCACUAAUUACAAAAUAGAUCGUUUCCCCGUGAACACAAUACUGCAAGGAUUGUGCAUCACAAUAUAGUACGUAGUAAGUUAGAAUGACCUGUGCUGACCGUCAGGCCCAGCGAAUGUAAUGGCGAAUUGAGGAAACAAGUUGAGGGAAAUAAGUUUGAAAUUCAAAAUAACUAAAAGCGGAAAGUUGUUCGUUCACAACGAUGACUCAGCCAUAUGACAUGUUUUAGGCAACUAAUAAAUCGUAUUAAUAUCAAACUGUCCGUCUUGACAUUUAUAAGAAUAUUAUAUGAAUAAGUAUUUUACAACGCAAAAUAACCAAUAGAAGAAUAUCAGUAGGUAUAGGUGUAAUAUUCAAGUGUUUAAAUGAACCUGUCGCUGUGUAAGACAGAUAUUUUGACAUUCCCAUUAGUAGUUUUUAUAUAUUAUAUUCUUCUCGAUAUACUUAGUAGACUUUUUAUUUUAUACAUUAUUUAUAUAUAUAUCGUAUGUGUAUAUUUUGCAUUUAAAUAUGACAAUAAAUUGUCCGAUAAAUAUUGGCCAGUAUUCUUUGAGACUAGGAUGUAGUAAUGACGUGCUUGGGACAAGCAGGCCUGCGUUAUGGCAGCAGUUUUACUGUGAAGGCAACACGCGGUUUGAUGUUGACGAAAGUGUGACUUUAUGUCGAUGUACAGUUGUAUUGUAGGUACGCAACAACGAAGCAGUGAUAAUUAUAUAUUCGUCCGGAAGAGAUACAAUCUCGAUUUGAAGGCUGCUACUGAAACGUUUGACUGCACGAAUUGUGAUGGAUCCAUGUCUCAGUACAUAUUGUACCUAAUCGAAUAUAAAACGACAAAGACUAAAUUCUAACAAUGCUUUUCUUUUAUUUUGAGAUUGGCUUUGAAAUCGUGUUACAGCAACGUAUGUUAUUCAGAACGUUUCGAAAGAUAUUGAUCACAUUUGCUCAAUAUAUUUUACAACUUUAUAAGUCUUAUCGAAUUUAUAACACUUGUAUCGAAUUUACGAUUUAAAUAUUUUAUCCAUUUACAUGGUAGCGUGCUGACUAUGUCGAAAUAUAUGCUAUAAUGCAUUUACUACGAAUCUCGUAUAUUUAUGUAAACAUUUGUGACGCCAUUUGGAACAAAUAGUAUGUGAAGAAAAAUCAUUUAUCCUGUGUUACCAUGCUAACUAUUUGGAGAUUGACUUUGUAGUGUUCGAAAGUAAUAUGUGAAAAUUAAAAAAAAACAAUCUAAAUUACUUUGAUUCACAAUAGCAAUGCUACCUCUUAAAUAUAUUUUGUACAACGAAGAUGAUUUUGAUUUAUAUAAAUUGUCUUAAGCUCUCUAAGUUGUGAUGAUAUUUAUUUUUAAGUUUAAUUUCAGCUGAUGUUUAUUGUUUCACGUGUGUUAAUGUCGAUAUUGUUAUGUUUCUGCUACCGGUUGCUUUUAUAUUAUGUUGAUUGAGUGUGAUUCAAUAAUAAGCAUUAUAAGCUCGGAGGAGACGUGACAAGUUGUUGGCAGAAAGUAAAUAUCGGCAUUGAUAUCUGUACUCGAUUUAGUAACAAGAAGUGUUGGUUGCCCAAAAACACGUAUUUUUUAUUUAUAUUAUUUAAUGGAAGUGUGUUAGUUGCCCAAAAACUUGAAUUGCUUUAUUGAGUAACGAUAAGAUGGUGACCACCACUUGGUUAGCCAUAAACUAUUAUAUUUAGGGUUCUGUACCCAAAGAGUAAUAAAAUACGAAAUAUUUAGGUACAAAUCUCGCGACAUACUUUUACAUCAUUAGAAUUGGGUAGUGCCAUGCAAACUUAACAUUAUGUAUACAAAAUUUCAGCUCAAUUCGUUCAAAAUUUAGUUGCAAGAUUCCACUUCACACGCAUGUACAUACAGUUCAGAUACAUUUAAAUAAAAGCUUUAAAAACAGGAGCCUGGUCGUAAAACCUGGUCUUACACCAUCAAGCCAUAUCUCAUGCACGGUAGUAGUUGGACUGGACAGAUAUUUUUUUCCAGUCUAACAACAAAUAUUUGAAACAAUACAUAUUUUACUGAUGUUCCCAUACAACGAGCAUGAUUAAUUUGCCACUUUUUCUAGAAUUCUGGUUAAUGUUAGAGGACCCUUCGUACGCAAAUCCGACUCGUAUUUGGCCGGUUUUCUCACAUCACAAAUCUUGUAAUAAAAUUAUUUGAUAGAUAAUCAUGUAUUACAAUGUCUCGACUUUGUGUUUCUUCGCUAAAGCAAAGAAGUUUUUGGGUCUCUAGAUGGUUUUAUAUGAGCAGUACAUUUUAUAUGUAUAUAUGGGUCGACAUGACAUUUGUGCUCUGUUUAUACUCAAAUACCUUUUUUUAUAUUUUUAUAUUUAGCUUUACUAAGAUAAUAAAUUAUAAUUUUCUAUGAA